AUGGCCGACGACCUAGCAUCGGAGUACAUCGAGCUGCAACCCAAAGCGACAAGCGUUGCUUCAUCUAUCAAGUCAUUUAUUUCUGGUGGCUUCGGUGGAAUCUGUGCCGUGCUGGUAGGCCAUCCAUUUGACCUGAUUAAAACACGUCUGCAGACCGCACCUCCAGGCACAUACUCAGGCUCCAUCGAUGUGACAAUGAAAACGAUUCGUGCCGAUGGAGUCAAGGGUCUAUACCGUGGAAUGGGACCUCCCCUGAUUGGAGUAACACCUAUUUUUGCGUUGUCAUUCUUUUCGUACGACCUGGGAAAAAAAUUGGUUUAUGCUGCAACACCGAACAGGACCAACUCUACCUUGAGCCUGGCUGAACUUUCCGCUGCAGGAUUUUUCAGUGCCAUUCCAACUGUGCUUGUAGCUGGUCCUGCUGAGCGCAUUAAGGUUCUGCUCCAGCUUCAGGGCCAGUCUUCCUCUGGUCCCAAGUAUAACGGCCCGGUUGACGUGGUUCGACAGCUGUACAAGGAAGGUGGCCUUCGCUCUAUAUUCAAGGGAACUGGUGGUACGCUUGCCCGUGAUGGACCAGGAAGUGCUGCUUAUUUUGCUGCUUAUGAGAUUGCCAAGCGUUCUCUUACUCCUGCAGGUUCUGACCCGAAUGACCUCAACAUUGUAACGACCAUCACCGCAGGAGGUCUUGCUGGGAUGGCUAACUGGGCUUUGGCUAUUCCUCCUGAUGUUGUGAAGUCUCGUUACCAGGGUGCACCUGAAGGCACAUAUAAGAGCUUUAUGGACUGUGCCCGCAAAACAGUCAUGGCUGAUGGUGUCGGUGCUCUGUUCAAAGGUUUCGGUCCAGCUAUGGCCCGUGCAUUCCCAGCAAAUGCUGCUGUAUUUGUUGGUGUUGAAAUGUCGCAGUCUGCGCUGGACAUGAUGUUCUAA